AAAUAUUAAAACGAGAAAUUCUCCGCAUGCUACAAAACAGGUCGCACCAUUUAUUUUGGCUGAACAUUCAUUCAUGUGUUCGAAAGGGUUUUGAGCUUGGUAGCUCGUUUACAUUCUGUACAGAGCAUUGGAGGGUUAGGGCAUCAUCAUCCUUCCCGACUUCCACCUCCAACUCCACCUUAAGCACCAUGAUUCGCUUCUUUGUUCAUCCGUCAUUCUAUUUCCAAGGUGUUUUUGCAAUGCCGCAAGCUCAGGUAUUAGGCAGAGAAAUCCGUUAUUUGCAUACCUUACAAAAUUAUUCUGGGUGAAAAUGUAAACCAGAUGCAGGGAAACAGAAGCACACUAAUGUUAUUUGUACUGCCUCAGCAUUGGAGGUGAAAUUCUUACAACCUUCAUGUGGAGGGAGAGGGAGGUGGAAAGUAGGAUGAUCUAUCUGUUUUCCUCCUAUCUAAUUUUUCAUAAUGCUCACUCUGUUGGUACUUGGAGUAGGUUUCAGCUGUUUGUGCUGGUACCAAAACUUGCAGUUAAGCCACACUCUGUUGCUUAAAAGGGUAACAUUUGGUCUCUUGCCAUAUCUUUGGGAAUAGUGGCAAUUUAAAGUUGAGAAAAUUCUUACAGUAUUAAAACACAUGCCACUUAAUCUAAUGAAAUGCAAUGCAACUUUCUUGAUUGAAAUGUAUAGCUCCAAGUGUGGCUAAAAGUAAAUCAACUUGCAUGAGAAUGAACGCUUACUUAUCACUGAUAGCUCAUUGCUUAACAGCACAACAAUUUUGGCAGUCAUCAUGGAUGGAUACUAUUCCCAUCAGAUGGUUUAGGAUUUUGGAUAGAGUAACUCUUCCAUCUUGAAUGGAUGAAAAUGUAAACUUCUGCCAAUGCGCUCGUCCCUUGAUUUAACCCUCUUAAACCUGUUUCCUUUGUCAAACUCUUAGGUGUUAUUUCUGAUUUCUUAUUGAAAGGGACAUCACAUCAUCACUACCAGGCUGGUUAAAGUUUUAAAAUGCUUGGGAGUACUCAUUCACUUGGAAGCAAAAUGAAAGUUUUCUUAUCAAGACAAUCUUAACCUUAGUUAUUGCCGCUUCUUAUCCUCUUGCAUUUGAAAGUUGCAGUAAUAUGUGUGAGAUAGGGGUGGUAUAAGUUUCAUUGUUGCACUGCACUAGAAGAUAUAAAAUUUAUUUUAGACAGGUUCUUGAGAUUUUUAGGGAUGAUAUUUUUCCAGAAUGAUCGCCGUGUAAGUACUUCUAGACACUGUGCUCUUCAAAAAUAACUUCCACCCCCUUAAUGUCAGGAGUGUUCAGUUUAAGAAGGAAUUAUUUUGGAAAGAGUAACAUUUCUGGGUUGCUUUUAAACAGUUGCUAAGCGACAAAUCCCUGUCUUCUUACAGAUAGAUACUCUCGUAUUUAUCACAAUUAUAAUCUUCAGUUUAUCUUUGUCCUUCAAACUGAUGAUCAAAUUGGUAUUGUUGAUUAUCAGUUUGUAGUUUGACCUUUCUUGUUUGCUGAAAGUUAGAUGUUUUGAUGCUAAACACAUAGGUAAGAAUUGGAAGGUCUCAUUUUGAUUUGAAGCCUGGUCAGACCUUUUUCUUUGAACCGUAGAAUGGCCCUAUUAAUUAAUCUGCGAAGAAGCAUCUUAAGUAUGGAACCUUCUGGUAUCUUAAGGAAUUUUGGCUGGUUGAUUCUUCAGUGUAUAAUGAUGGACAUUCACUGAAAGACGACACUUCAAAGAAAGUAAAGAUGGGGUACAUUUGAAUACAAGCAUGAGAUUGGCUUCAAAACUCACAGUAUUCUUGGAGUUCAUAAAUUUUCUGCAGAUAUUUAUUUUUAAGUGACAUAACUGCUAGUUGAAGUGAAUUACUAUAUAUUUUGUACAGCUUUGGGUUGAUACGUGAGCGUUUAGGUUUUCUUCUUUUUAAUUGAACUUCAGUACUUGGUAACGACAGAGAAACUAAACUUCGAAUUGGAAUUUGCAGGCCUGGUUACAACCACGCCGUGGUUUUGCUUUCUGUUCUACUCAGGCAGAUAUUCUGCUUGGAAAUGGUAAGUCAAUGGUAAGUUACUUUUUGAAUUGAUGGAAGCAAGAAAUACAAUUUUCCUUGGUCGGAAGAACUCUUUCAGCUUAUAUUAUCUCUGAAUGUGUGAGAAGAUGCGAUUUGGAUGAAUUUUACCACUGUAUUUGUGAAUAUAUUCAGAUGGAUGUGGACACAUAAUGAGGUAAAAAUUAUAGAAAGAUGGUACUGUUAAUCUCGAUAGGUGAGGUAAUGAGAGAAACAGGCUUACAGCGUGUCAGAUAUGAAGGCAGGCAAACCUACGGAAAUGCGAAUGGUUAGUUAAAAAAAAAGGGGAAACAACUGCGUGGGGAAGGAUUGGGGGAAUGAUGGGGAGGGUUGGUUGUGAAGAACUUUAGUACUGUGAUGAAAAACGUAGAUAUUUAAACUUGGAAGAAACGAUGUUCUUUGAAUUUGAUAGGAAUGACUACAGUGUUUCUGUGUUUGGUCUGGCAUAUCAGGAUAGUGAGUGAGGCCUAGUUUAUGCUGUAAAUCCAUGAUUUAAUAGUGUAGUUCCUCAUCCUCUCAUCUUCGGAUUUCCAUUGAGUUCUUCAGUUAUUGGAAGGAUUAUCUGGGAGUGCAAUGGUGAACAUAAAUAUCAUUACUAGUUUAAUUGUAGUAGUAGUUGCAUAAGGAAAUCAGAUAGUGCUGAUGUUUUCUGCGAUUGACUUCUCAAUAUGCUUCAUUUCGUGUUCUCCUUUCCCCGGUCUUUUUCUUGGUUUGUUUGAUUCUUGAAAUGCUUAAAGUCCAGUAGUAGUCACUGAAUUACGUAUAUUCAUUUUUUUCCCAUGAAACACAUAUUUGUCUCUCUCUGACUCUCUUUAGUUUUUUGAUUAGAUUAUUCAACGACUAUUCAUUUGAUCUAUCCUAAGUAGUUGCUGAAGUUGUGUUGAGCCCUUGUGCUACUUUCUGGGUGCUGUCAUGUGUGGUUGAUAUUUUUUCUUUUUUUCUUUUGGUUGCUUGCUUAUGAAGUGUGUUUGAUUAGUGAAACAAUUCAAUACCUAUGAAUUGCGUUAAAUUACAUGAUAUCUGUAUGUGUAGUCAUUGUCAGAUGCACUAAAAACAUGGGAACAAUAGAUCCAUUUUGUUAAGAUCUUGUGCUGAUGGCUUAAUUCUUAAGCCGUGCCUGGAAAGGGGUGAUUUAUUAUUUGUUACUCCGGCCGCCCCC